AUGGGACAUAUGCACAAUGAUGGAAUAACAACCAAUAAUGGCAUAGCUGGAAGUAGCGAGCACAAGAAUGGCUAUAGCAACAGGCAGGUGGAGGAAAAGGAUGAAAGUGACAGUACCAUCUCGGCACCAAACUCACAAAAGGAAACUAUAGACUCUACCACUUCGGCCAACGGCAAAAGCUGGAGAUCUACUCUAGAAGAAUCAACGAUAGCCAGAGUGCAGAAUUUCAUUAUAGAAACAUUAAAUAAGCCUGUCAAAUUCAUUGUAAGUCAUCAAAACGCAACACAAGAAUUACCUUACAAACCCAUCAAUGAUCCCUCCGUGCUGGCAGAGCGGAAAAAAGAUACUGCUACAGCUACUUCUUCUCCUUCUGUCAAACAAACGAAAGGAGAUUCAUCAAACGGAAAGAAGGACGACAUCAUGUUCAAUGUGGUGGAUAACCGAUCGUCAUCCAACCUGAAUGGAAGUCCCUCUACCUCCUCUUCUCCGGCCAAAAAGUCUACCGACCUUUUCCCUUACAAAAUUGCUCUACAUCCUCCUAAAUCAAUGAAAGAAAAGGGCAACGGAUUGUUCAACAAAGGCAAUACCUGUUAUAUGAAUUCCACUCUACAGGCCCUCCUGCAUUUGCCUCCUUUAGCAAAUGCCCUGCUUAUGCUUGAUCCUGAUCAACUGUACGGAAGGCUAGGAGGGAAACCAGCGCAAAGAUUUGACGCGAUUGGAGAGAUGGUUAAUCUAGCGAAAAGAACGAUUUCGAGAAGUGGAAAUGAUAAUCCGACGUCACCGAAUGCGUUUAUUCAUAAUUUGAAAUUAUACGCUCCAACAUUGACAAAAUACCAUCAAGAAGAUGCACAAGAAUUCCUACGAUUCUUAUUGGAUGCAAUGCAAUAUUGCAAUCUGAUCAGAGCGUCAAAGAUAUUGAAACCGUUCGACCCACUACGUGAAACGACACUCGUACACAAGAUCUUCGGAGGUAAGUUGAGGAGCAGGGUAACGUGUGAAAGGUGCAAUCAUAAUUCGGAUACGUAUGAUACUUUUCUGGAUUUGAGCUUGGAUAUACGGAAAUCGCAUAACAGUAACAUUGCAAGCGCUUUGGAACACUUCACAAGUACGGAUCAUCUGAAUGGAACGGAAAAGUAUCGAUGUGAAAAGUGCAAGAUGUCAGUCAAUGCAACAAAAAGGUUCACAAUUCAUCAAGCGCCACCCGUUUUGACUAUUCAUUUCAAACGAUUCACGCAAACAAGUCAAAAGAUUAACAAGCAGAUCGGAUUUGGAGAGGAGCUAAAUUUGAACAAAAAUGUCUUAUCUGAGGGUCAGCCAAUGCAAAAGUACAAACUGCAUUCUAUCAUUCACCACCACGGUAGCGGUCCAAAUAGCGGUCAUUAUGUCGCUUCUGUACGUGGUAGCUCGGGAAAGAGAUGGUACGAGAUGAACGAUAGUAGCGUUCAUCCAUUGAGAGGAGCACCUGUCAACUCGUCAAGCGCAUAUGUUUUGUUUUACGUUCGUGCACCCGGGAAUGCUCUGGAUCAUGCGCUUCAUCAAACUGUUGCACCCUCAAAGUCUAAGAAGAGACGCAUUGAGGAUGACGAAGAAGACGAAGAUGAAGGCAGUCCUCUUCCUCGUUCACCUGCUCUGGCUGACUCUUCGAAAAUGAAUGGCUCAAGCACUUUUGUGUAUCGUCAGAACGGCUCAUCUUCUGCUGGACCGUCGAAAGUAUCCCAAGAUGAUGACGAUGACGAUGACAUUGGUGAAGCUGUAGGUAACGUCUCCGCACAAAGCUCAAACGAAUAUGAAAGUCUCGCUGGUCCUUCAACGCCGCUUCAUCAGGCACCCAUGUCCAAGAAACAAAGGAGAAGGAUGAAACUUUCGCAGUCCAACGGCGGAACGCGAGAGAAGGCCCGAAGUAGCCUUGUUUCAUCUCCUUUCAUGGCGAGUAAAAACGGAAACAAUCGCUCUCAUAAUGGAAAACUAGGAGGCGGUCAUAGGGCAGAAGGAGGGGGGUUCGCAAAUCGUAUGAAAGACAAACACGGAAGAAGACCAGGUGGAUGA